GUCACAACCCGGAAGUGGAUUCGGAACUCCCACCGCCUCACCGAGCAGCAGGUUGUUUAUUCCCCAGGCUGAUUCUCUUGUCCGUCACAAAACACAGCUUUUUUCUGUCAACAUGUUGAAGGCGGUCAUUCUGAUUGGAGGCCCCCAGAAAGGCACAAGGUUCAGGCCGCUGUCAUUUGAAGUGCCCAAACCCUUGUUUCCAGUGGCCGGUGUGCCCAUGCUGCAGCAUCACAUCGAAGCAUGUGCCAAGGUACCGAAUAUGAAGGAGAUUUUGCUCAUCGGCUUUUAUCAGCCAAAUGAAGAACUGACCAGAUUCCUGACUAAUGCGCAGCAGGAGUUCAAAGUUUCCAUCAGGUAUUUGCAGGAGUAUGCAGCCCUGGGCACCGGAGGGGGAAUCUAUCACUUCAGAGAUCAGAUUGUCUCUGGCAGUCCAGAGGCUUUCUUUGUUCUGAAUGCUGAUGUUUGCUCAGCGUUUCCGCUCUCAGAGAUGCUGAGCUUCCAGAAGGAACAUGGAGAACCAAACAGCUUUGUUAUUCUCGGGACAACGGCAAACAGAAAGCAAUCCUUGAAUUACGGCUGUAUUGUUGAAAACGAGAAAACAAAUGAGGUCUUGCAUUACGUGGAAAAGCCGAGUACUUUCGUGAGCGACAUAAUAAACUGCGGCAUAUACCUCUUUAAGCCAGACAUCUUCCAGCACAUCGGCGCCUUCUUUCAGAAGAACCAACAGGACAUGUUGUUGGAGGAGCCAACCAACGGCUGGCACCGAGCAGAGGCCAUCAGGCUGGAGCAGGACAUUUUCACUGCCCUGGCAGGACAGGGCAAACUCUAUGUGUAUAAAACCCUAAGCUUCUGGAGCCAGAUUAAAUCUGCAGGCUCUGCAAUUUAUGCCAGUCGGUUGUACCUCAACCAGUAUCACACAACUCAUCCUGAAAGACUGGCCUCAAACAAGGAUGGAGGGCCCAAAAUAAGGGGUAAUGUCUAUAUUCACCCUACAGCCAACAUUGACCCCACUGCUAUGUUGGGUCCCAAUGUCUCGAUUGGCACUGGAGUGACUAUUGGUGCUGGGGUCAGAGUUCGAGAAUCCAUCAUCCUUCAUGGUGUAACGCUACAGGAUCACUGCUGUGUUUUGAACAGCAUUGUGGGAUGGGACAGCACUGUUGGAAAGUGGGCGAGAGUAGAAGGAACCCCAAGUGACCCAAACCCAAAUGACCCCUUCGCAAAGAUCGACAGCGAGACCCUCUUCAGAGAUGGAGAACUCACACCCUCGAUUACUAUCCUCGGUUGUAACGUGACCAUCCCUUCAGAGGUGAUUAUACUCAACUCCAUCGUCCUCCCGCACAAAGACCUCAACCGUAGCUUCAAAAACCAAAUUAUUCUCUAGUUAAUCUUCCUCACUCUUCUGUCCACUUACUGUCACCGAUGAAUGAUGCAGCUGGACGCACGGCGGCACUGCCGCUGAGUUACUGUAUAUAAGAUGUCAAAACUGAAGAUACGGUGCAUUCAUUAAAUAGUUUUGAAAGAUAGAUUUUUAUAUAUUUGUCCUCGAGCCUGUAUGCAUCAUUGGGUGUCAGCAGCAUUAGAGAGAGGCUAAUCACGCAUGUUGAUUCACCUUGAAAAGUGCUGUCAUGCCAGAGGUUUAUAUUGGUUUUUUAUUAACUUUAGCGAACUGUAAAAUUACUCUUGUGUAAUAUAUUUGGUUGGAUGUAAUUUGAUGUAAAAAAGAAGAAAAAAAAAAAAAAAAAGUUUGGAGACGCCUACUCUCUGUUUUCUCAAGGGCAUCCUUGACAAACUUGAGACUUGUUACUUUAGCGUGAGAAGAGGAAUUAUUAUAAAAUAAAAAACCCUGGGUACUGACUGUGCUUAAUUUUUAGAGGUGAUUAUUUGUGUGGAGCUCUGAUUAAAAAUGUUUAGCAUCUUCAUUGUUUGUCUAGAAAAUUGACUACCACUAACAUAAAUCAGAGGGCUUUAGAUUUACAUUGCAAUCAAGUAAUGUUGCCUUUUAAAAUGUGAACUUAGCAGGGGGGCUUCAGACUCUGCCACAUAAACAGCAACAGCAGAUACUUAAAUUGUGCAUCUGCAAUCACUGGAGGAACUGUUCCAAUUUAUGGAUACAGCACAUUAACAUUUACUUAUUAAGCCCCGGAGCACUCAUGAUCACUUCAGCACUUUUGUUCCAAUUAUCGCGAAGAGAGUGUCUAUUAAGGAGCGAUGUAAAUUGCGAUACAGGAACUGCAGCAUAAUAUAUUUUUAAUCAAGUCUCUUAACAAACUACCCUCCAGUGAAUAGCGGAAAAAAACAAGUGAAUGUAAAUUUUUUCAGGUUUUAUAUGUGGGUGCCUGUGCUUUUCAUUGUUGAUUCAGGUGCCUUGCUUCUUACUGCCUCAUGCCAGUCCAGGGCCCCUCAUUACAGGGUUUUCAUCCUCCUGGCAGGAUGUCCAUAAAUUGGGCUAAAGCCCCCAAUGCUCUUCACGUGGAAGAGCAUUGGGGGCUUCAUUACAUGAAAACGGGCUUUUCACUGCUCUGCUCCUUUAUUUUUGUGAUAGCUUUCCUGUCCUGUUUUUUUGUUUGUUUGUUUUUUUAAGUUUGCAUCGGUUUCUUAAUUGUUUAAUGUGUUUCUGAAAUGUUAUAAUUAUUAUUUCACUUUACACUGUGACAUAACAGACAGUGGUGCAAGGCUAUGUUUAGACAAGCUUUAAUAAUAGAUAUGACAGAUAACGGAAGUAAAAUGUUGCUCAUGUAAAAUGAUAGUACAUGUGACGCCUUUUAAGGACAAAUUAUCAAUCAUACUCGUCACCAGCUGAGGAAAAAUGAAGAAAAUGUCAUAGUUGUCUAGUAUAUAGUGUUUAUUACAAUUAACAGUGUUGUAAAUGAUGUAAGGAGAAAUGUACUUUUUCAAAACUACCUUCCGUUUUAGUUUUUUAAGAAAAGCUUAAGUCCUGGAUGGCAAAUAAUAUUUUCAAACCAAAGUAGACCACAUAAUAAAAGUUCAAAUCCCCA